AUGGCGACGACAACUCCAGAACUAAAGUCAUCAUUUUUAAGAGAAUAUUCGCAAAAGCUAAGCGAAGUUUCGAAAAGACAAAGCGAUUACAGACGAGCUCUAGGGACACGCUUGAAGAACUUUAGGCGCAACCAAAUCGUGGAGACAAAUCUAAAGACUGGCAUUGCCAAACUCCGAAGAGAAGGAACCGAUAUAAAGUCACAGGUGUGGACUGCAUUCGGUGCUGCAUACAAUAAAAAUACCGCUAAUAAUCUGAAAGCUAUUAAAUGUCAUAUAAGUUGUGAGGAGAAAUUAGCCGAUGGCAUACAAUUUUUAAAAGCAGGCAUUGCCAAUAUAAAUCGUGCAUUAGGUCAAAUAACACGUCAGAUAUACGACCUAAAUAGACGCACUGUACCUGACACGCGUGCGGUAGAAAAUGCCAUAAAGGCACGUAAACGGCUGAUGUUGCUGGAAAAUCAAUUGGAAGUCGGCAUUCAUCGGGAAUGCAAAAUGACCGCUGAGAACAGGAAGCUGCGUGAAGAAUUGCUUGAACAUUUGUCCAUGAGGAAAAUCUUUAACGACCAUUACUUUAAAUUAAUCCAUGCUUUGAAUAGCGAUAAGAAAUACAUGACGGAUUUGAUAGGAUAUGCGAUGCAUCAAUUCGACGCGAGCAUAGAACUUUAUGAAAAGUUUGAUAUUUUGAAGAAACGAGAUGCUAGAGAUACUGAACCAAAAAGAAUGGAAAUGCGUGCUCUUAGCAGUGCUAAAGUAGCGCUAAGUUAUGAAAUGGAGUUUUAUAAGAAAAAGAAUACUCAAAGAACUUUGGCACCCUUACAACCGAAGGAGUAUAGAAGACGUCAAAAUAUGCGCGAAAGCUUGAAAAAGAGACUUGCCGUAAACAAAGACGUACUCCACAAGAUCUUCGAUUACACUGGUAAUAGCGGUAUUAAAGACGUUAUAGAAAAUUUUAAGCAACAAAAAAGUCUUUAUUAUUCAUAUUUUAACUACGCCAAUGAAACAAGUUACCAUAUGACGCUACUAAAUAGUGCAGUGAAUCGACUCUAUUCGGACAUCGAUGAUCUCAAAUUGGAAAAUCGGAAUACAAUGCGAGUUCAAUUGGAGCAAAUUCAAAAUAUGGAGCGUUAUUUACAUGAUAAGCGAAAGAGCAACAGCGAACUUAAGAACGUUUCACAAAAUAACAACAAGCGAUUGACCAAGCUCCUCCAGGGCUUCAAGCUAAUACGCGACUACUCGAAAACCGAUUUGAGUAUACUGCAAGAUUUCUUGGGAGACUACGACGAAGUUAAUCUCCACAGUUUACGGCAGCAACUCAAGCUAGUGGAAAAGCGUAUAUUUAGCAUUUUAGCAGCGGUCUAUUUACUAGAGCGAGAGAAUAUUCAAAACGAUCCCAAUAGUUAUCUCGUAAAACAAAUAGAACAGUUCUGUGAUUAUGUAACAGAUGUGGAUGAUAUUGUAUUGACCCAACAAUGCCCAGAAUGCGCCGAAGUGGAUGCAUUGAAUGCAGACGGGACUGAAAGCGCCGCUAUUUUGCCUAUAGAAAGUGUCAAAAAGAAGCUUUGCGAUAAAGUUACACAACCGGAAAUGCAAUACCGUUUGCAUAGCAUGAGCGCAUGCCGGUUCCCAAGAGCCCGUAUGUUGACAGCAAAGAGAAAUUUGGAGUUGCAGAGUAAUUCGUAA